UUAGUUUGUUCAUGCAACCAGAAGCGAUUUUAAGACAGACAUUUAUUAUUUCAGGGGUGGUCGAACUUUACCUGACUUCGAAUAUAAUAUUUUUACUUAAAAAUGAAGUUGAUUUGAUUGACAGAAAGACUAUUGCUUGCGAUCAUUGAACUAAAUGCCUUCCAUAACUAUAUGCAAUUUGGUCCAGCUGUAAAAAUAACCUUUAACAGAUUGAUUUGUUUUCAAAUUAAAGAAAUUUGUGUUCUAGAGCCAAUACUUUGAACAAUUCCUUUUUUACAAACAAGUCUUCAUAUGAAAACUUUCUUUCAAAUCAAAUUUCUAAAUGGUCAUUACAGUAUUUGUCAAAUUCAGCAACAAGAGGUCCAAGUAAUAUUUUUGAAAUUUUAUGAGAAAAAAGCAGCAAGAUUGCCAUCUUCAAUAAAAUUGUUAAUUCCAAGAAACGAAUUAUCAAGCGACACUGGAAAAUCUGACGAUACAGAAGAGUUGAUUAUAAGACCAGCUGAACCGCUUAAGUUAAAUUUUAUAAAUCCAUAUUUCGAACAUCAAACGACAAAUUUACAACGCCAAAGUACCAAAUAUUCCUGACUACAACAAACAUCAGUUUCAUUGAUUUCUUCGUUGGUAGUCGAAAAUAAAUUUUAAAAAUGUUUUGGAAGUUGUUCAUCUCAAGAUUAUAAGACUUAAACUCUAAGAUAAUUGAUUAUAAAAUUGAACAAAAACUUGAAAAAACUCGCAUGAGUAGUAUAAACCAAAGGCGGUUUGGAAAAAUUUAAAUAGAUGGUAAAAUUUUGAAGAAAAGCUGCUUCAAGUACGCCUUGCAAGAAAACAAAAAAUAUAUUGACUGCUAAACGAAUUACAACCAACGGCACUAUGUAGCUGAAUUUUUCACGUCUCCAAGGAUUUAAUCUCUAAAUUCCCGCUAGUUCAUCCCAAUCUAAUUUUCAGGGAAAAAAAGUCCAGGCGCCGUUAGGAAAAUUAAAUUGAAAAGUGAUUUAUUGCGACAAUUUAUUUUACGCGUUCUGGUUUCCAAAUUGGCGCCCCAGGGAAAAAAUGAAAGGGGCAACUCGGGCAAAACAAGAUGUAAAUCCGUCUCAAUUAAUUUCUCUAAAUAUUUCCGCCUCCAGACACAAAGCAAUCCAGUUCAGUUCAAUCUACUCUGUGGCGAUAAAAAAUUAAACCUGCGUCCAAAAAUUCCUUAUCUUUCUGGUCUCAACUUCGAUCAGUUCUCGUCCACUUUCUUUUUCUGAAGACCAAAUAGAUGAUUACAAUCAGUCUUUUGGCAGCAGUCUUUGAAAAAGAAAAUUAUUGAGUGUAUAACACUCUCGAUUGCUCUUUCAAGCUGUUUCCCCUUUUAGCCCGAUCAAAGACCCCGCAAUGUUUUAUCUUACCCUUCCUUCCGAACGGAUGUUCUCCUUCCCACUGGCGAGUUUUGAUGAGCGAAACACAAAAAGAUGUCUGAAAUUCUCUCCUGAGACAGGCGAUAUUAGCAGGACAAUAGCGCUACUUAACCACCCACUUAAUUUCUGAUCCACCAACCCUUCCCACUUUUGCAGCGCAGGGUUAAUUCAAUUCUUGGAAACCAAAACUUCCCAGGGGAGUAUCAGGCUCAAUGACAUAGUAAUUCUAUUUCCCACUCAAUAAUAAGAGCCCUGAAAAGUAAUCAAGAGAAAUUGUGCCAGAGCCUCUUAGCUCAUCUUCGCGACGGCUGAACCCAAUUUCGCCAAUUAAAACACAAUUACGUCAGACUUGUAAAUUCCUCCCAAGUCAUUUCAACUUGAAUAGUUUUUACUUGUUCUCAGCUGAAAGUUAAUAGGAAACUAAAUGGUAGUUCUUAGCGGAAUGUCAAAAUUGAUCUGAAAAAGAAUUAGUUUGGAAUUGUGCUUCCAUUUUAUGUGCGAGCAAUCAGCUCACUUCAGCCGUUAUUUCGCUCGAAUGUAUAAUUCUUUGACAGUCGCAGAAGGCCAAUCUUCUAAUUGUUAUUCACUUUAUGCUCCCGCUUAAUCCGAAUCCAAUCAAAUCAACUGCCGCAAUGACCGCCUUAUCAAGCUACGCAACCACUGCAGUUGUGACUCCAAAAGAAAAGCCCGUGCAAAUCGUUCUCGAUUCACGGGGUGCAAUGAACACUGAGCACCUCGUGAAGAACGAACAAGAUGAACAAGAAAGAGUGAAGAAAAUUUGGGAGAAGUGGAGCAAAAAGAGAUCGAAGAAGCCAAUCAAACUCAACAUGUGCCUUGACUACUUCAGCAAUUACAACUUCACAGGACAAUCUCCGAGUUCUUCAAGCAAAGAUCUCGAAGAACUGACUCAGCACUUUCUCUUGAGUAAGCAUCCUUACAUAUGCGUCAAACGUCUCCGCGGACUGAAAACUCUGCAAGUCUCGGGUAGCUUCACUCAUGAGCUUGACCAGCUGAUCUAUUUGGGCGACCUAUUCUCGAUCAUUCAGGAAAACGACGGCCUUUCAGUUUCAUACUGCAAAACAUUUAGUCUUCAGCUAGCACACGCUAUAGAUUUCAUACACAAAUUAGGGCUCGCUCAUCGGAAUAUAAACACCGAAAACAUAUUUGUAUUCGAACGAGAAAAGAGUCCGUUAAUCAAGCUGUCAUGCUUCGACUACGCAUGUGCCUUAGGAUCUUUAGACAGUACAGAUCUAAUAAUCAAACGAAGACUAAAAACAAACCCAUUUGCUCCGCCAGAGCUGCAGACUACACUGUUAAAUGGUUCAAGGGAUAUUCAGUCAGGCAUUGCUUCCACGAAAGAAGAUACCUGGGCAUUUGCAGUGGUUGUGUUCUGUAUGAUUACGAACCACUAUCCCUGGAGGUUUAGCACAGACAGGGACGAACAUUACCAGUCAUUUCGAGACAAAGUACUACGCCCACAUAACAAUCAAUAUGAAUCAGCCAUCCAGCCCAUAGUGCCAUAUCCAUGGAGUGAAUUCUCCAAACCUCUUCUGGAGUUCUUCCUGUCUUGUUUGCAACACAACCCAGUUAAACGGACAGGAAAACCAACUGACGUUUUCACUUUAGUGUGCGAUUACUGGCUCAAGACAGGAGCAAUUUCGCAAUUUCAUAGUCAAUGAUAUGGUUAAAAUAACUUAGAUAUCAGUCAGAUCAAUUUACAAAUUAAUUUUAAUCAAAGUAGCUGCUAACAAUUAUUAGCAAACCAAUUUGUUCCGA